AUGAAUCUCAAACUUCUUCUCGGUCUCCUAUUCAUUGUUUGGAGAUCGACGUCAGCGGAAGAAUACACGAAUCACUGGAGAGCAACUGAAGACGUCGCUAAUGUUGAAUUCUGUUCACACGACAGUUUCAAAAAAGAUUCAAAUUGUAUUUGUAAUGUUGACUACACCGGUAACUUCUGUCUGAACAGAAAAUGUCGCAACUUCGGUUUUGAUGGACAACUUCUUCAAACAAAAACAGACCGCUGCAUCUGUCCCCCCGGAUUUCUUGGAAGAAACUGUGAACCAGUAUCUUGCGUUCCUGGUAAAUAUCAAGUGUACUCAACGUCAAAAAAUGAGAAAACCAUUUCUUUGCUGGCUUCGUUCAAUACGAAAUUACAAGAAACAUGGGAAACUGGAGAUAUUGGUCAACUUAUUUGUAGCAAGGAGGCUUAUGGAAGAAAUUUCAACUACAACUAUGAGAAUGCCCAGCUUUUCACAAAAAAUGAGAACGCAACAGAAUGCUAUAGGAAAGUAGAAACCUUCCUAACUCCUGAUCCUUGUCUAGACGAUAAUAAUAAUCCAAUACCCUGCUUUCCGUUAGAUAUCAAUAAUUUGAACUCUCUCGUUCAAAACUCCCCUCCCAAUUCAAUUAUCAACGUUCUCGUCUACAAUAAUACCGGAUUUCUUGCAAAUGACCCAGGAUUAGCUUAUUUGAGUGACAUCGCGUCAGCCACUCUUGGAACAUUUGUCCUACCCAGUAUCAAAGCUGUCAACGAACAAUACGGAAUUGUUAGCACUCUUCUUGAUAAUUGGGACCAAGGAUUUCAGUUAUCCAACGUUUACACAAAUGCUAUGAAAACCAUGCCGGUCGAUAAUACACUUGAUUUGUUUGUGGCGGUACAGACCGAAUAUGGAGAUGAUGCUAUUUUCAAUGUCAAUCCGAUGCCGACAGUUGUGAGCAAAACAGAUUUUUGGAAGCUUUACAAAAUAACCAAAGAGACGUUCCCACCCCAUCUCACGAUAACUAAUCAGAAAGAUAAUACGCAAAUUCUUGUCUACUCUUCUGGAGGUCUGACUCCUUACUCUGCGUUCACAAGUGAUAAAACGGAUGAUGAAUCAAUGGUUGUGGAUGCAGCGUACAGUAUUUCUGUAAAUGGAACUGGAUACCCUCUCGUUGUCCGAUUUGAAUCGGGUAACGCAGCGUUGGAUUAUGAUGUAGGCUUCAGACAACUAGGAUCAUCGAACUCAAUUACUCUCGGAUCUUCGUUUUCUAAUCGAUCGUACUGUCAGUUUAAUUUUCAAGUUGAUGCCACUUGCAAUACAGUAGGUCCCUCUGUCGUUACGAUCGUCACUCCAGACAACGCACGUUCAGUCUCGUUCCCAGUUUAUUGUGCAAGCUAUAACUACGCAAGUAGAAAAUACAACAACUUUGUUUCGGAGGUAAUGGAAAUAAAGCAUUUCGAGAGCAGUCAAACUUUCUCAAGAGAUAUGGCAUGCGGUGCUGAAAUUGAUCAUGAAACAUAUGGAAAGCGUACUUUUGUGAUAAUUGCGGAAAAUUCGAAGAAUACCACCGAUUCGUCAAAAAGUUCAGUUGACAAUGUUUUCCGUAACAAGAACAGUAUUUUCUAUCAACUCACUGAUCUUCUAAACACUGACGGCUAUUCGGGUAAUCGAUGGUACAGUAAUUUUGUUGCUGUGUUGAAUGAUGGCUCGACUUCGACACCACAGACAAGCUCUGACUAUGGAAUCUUUUUGACCAAAGUGAUGGACGCUACCAGUAGUUCUCCAAUCGUUGAUAAUUUUAAACCAGAUGCUGUGUCUAUCAACAAUUUAUUAACAUCAACAAUUCAGUCAUCCACUCCAUAUUCAGAUAUACUUUUUGUCGUGAACUAUAAUGUUUCUGUUAGUGAUGGUGAUUCAACAGCAAUCAAAGCGGCUUUGGAAAAGCAAAGAUCGAAGUUGUUCGUUUUAUUUGUUCAAACCAACAUGCAGUAUGGAAGUGAUAUCUACACGUAUACGAAUGAUUUGGCUAUUUCAAGUGGAGGAGUUGCUAUUCGAUUGAAUAGUUACGAUGACUUGCAUGUCUUCUUUGAACAGUACUUCAAACGUCUUGUGAGUAGUGAUAUCGUAGCAAAAGCAUAUUCCGAGAAUAUGAAAGCCGGAAUCGCUCUAAACAAUGUCUAUCUACUCAACAUCACCUACUAUCUUCUAAUUACUAAUGAAAAUUUGGCUGGUGAUGGCCCGGUGACUGCAACUGUGAAUGUUAACAACCUUAACGUCACUGCUGUCAAUACAUCUUUCAUCGGUGAGCUCCAACUGUUCAGUGUCACUCCAUCAACUGCUGGUGUAUACAACAUUCCUAUAAUGUUUUCUACCUCUGGAUUUGCACAGUUUGUAAGUGGCGCGUUUACACCAGUGAUUUAUUCUUCUAAACCGUUCGGGGCGGGUUCUGCUAUUUCUGUCACUUACAGUGAUGCGGCAAAUCCAGCAAAGCCAGUAUACAGCGGAAACAUUACUAACACUGCAAUCUGCUCAAGUUAUUCAAACUAUAUCUGGACUACACCGUUUAAUUGGAAAUGUAGCAUUUCUGGUGGCUUAUACCAUGUCAAGAUUGACAGAAUAACAGAAGAUGGGAGCAUUUCACGAACAUUCCCCAUCACAUGUAUUGGUCCAAAUGCUGGUGGUUGUUUGAAUGGAGGAAGUCUUGCGGCGGGAGGUGACUGUUCUUGUCCUUUGGAAUAUACUGGAUCAAAAUGUGAAACCCCCCGCUGUUUGAAUGGAGGAACCGUCACACCAGCGGACACCUGCACAUGUAUGAUUCCAUUUACUGGAGAUUUCUGUGAAACUGCUUAUCCGGCAUGUUCAAAUUCACCGUCUCAACCCGACUAUCGUUCUGAUCUUUCUUCACUAGUAAUUGUUGCUGAUGUGAACGCCCUCUCUAGUGGAGUGCUUUCCUCAGAUAUUGGCGUAACUGGAGUUCCAAUCACUGUGAUUCUCUAUGGCGAUGCGAGUGGUCCAAGAAUUGUUUUAUCCACUACAAACAGUCAGCAUCUUACUGAUGUUCUGGGCGCCUCUGCAAUACCAUCACCAUCUGCUCCAACGCCCAGCAGUAGCAGUGAUAUGUAUAAAGCAUUGAAUCUUGCUCUCACCAAUCAGUUAACUAACAGGGCAUACAUUGUUGUGUAUACUUCUAAUGCGGAUGUUCCAGUCGAUCAAGAUUUCUUGAUCCGACUUGCAGUUAGAAGAGCUGAAGUUAGAGUGCUUUCGGUUUCAGGCACAGAAAGUACAAACUCGCUUACACUCUCUUUGGUUGGAAACGGAAUUCCAAUCGCUGUUACAGGUUCUGAACAUUUCCAAAGUUACUUGACUAAUUACGUUGGGCCGUUAUUCCAAUCUUUACAAUAUCGAGCAAACAUCCCACAACCAGUGUUCAACGUUUACAAAACAGAUAAAUUAACUGGUGACUUGAGUGUGAAUAUUCCAAUAGAUUCCACAUUUGAUAAUGCGAAGAUCAACAUUUUUGUCUACAUAUACAAAGGAUAUAUUGACGGAUAUGACAGCAUUGAAAAACAAGCUGGAGACUUUACCAUGUACAAUAUUGUCGGUUACAAUCCCAAAGAAGUAAAAACACUUCCAUUAAAAUUGUUCACUUCUGGCAAAAACGGAUACUAUUCAAUAGAAAUUGUUGGGUACUUUAAGACAGCUUACGGUUUCAACAGGAACAAUACAAAUGGAUCCAACGAAGUUCUCAAUUCGGGAGUCACUUACAAUGUGGACAAUACAAUGCAUAUCUAUUCUGUACCUGCAGCCGACAACCUUUCUCCUACUAACCCAGGCAAAUUCCCGUAUUUGGCUCUCAGAGAAAUCAACAACAAUGGAUCUUUGUCUGACUCACAAACUGUUCUUUUCACGCGUAAAACAGGCGACGAUUGUUUCUUCCAACAUUUUACAACUCUCGACGUCUGCUCGCAAAGUUCCACAAUUGGUUAUCAAGUUCAGUUAACAACACGGUUGUCUGAAACAGAGAAUCGUCAGCAACAGUUUGUUCUCACCUGCUUCAAAUCUACCUAUGCGGACGGUAAUACUACUUGCAAGGGACACGGUCCACCAGCGACAUUACCAGUGGAUUAUUGUAAAUGUGACAAUAAUUUCGGAGGAAUCGACUGCACAGAGCCAGUUUGUGUCAAUGGAGGAGUCCGAGAUAUGUCAGUAUGCCGUUGCCCUGUUGAUAAUUACGGAUUGUUGUGCAACAACACGUUCGGUCAAUCACCACCAGUAACAACAUCAGCUCCAGCAACAUUAGCUCCAACAACAUUAGCUCCAACAACUACGUACAUUUCGUCUUCCACAAAUGUCCCAUCUACCUCAACUACACCUCUUCCAUCAACUAUCACGACUACAUCUCCAAAUGUAGUUCGAGUUGUUGCUUUCGUCAUUGACUGUAUUGGAUCUGACGAUUUCGCCUUUAACCAAACAAUACAAUCUAUUGGGGAGUAUUACAAAUCGUUCGGAAACAGUCAUUGGGUUAUGCUGAUAUCAAACAUCGAUGGGGACGUUUUAGAAUUUCCAUUCCAACAAUAUCAAAACGAAUCAUCGAUUGUGAACAAGACAAUGCUGUUUUGGAAUGAUAGAUAUAUUGCAAGUAGAAAUUCCAGUCUGACCUACGCACUGAACAAAAUCAACAAAGCUUUCAUGGAUAGAAAGACACAAUUUGAAGGUGCACUCAGUUCUAACAUUUUCUAUCUCACUCAAAUAAGUCUCAAAGACAGUGAUGAUCCAACAGCAGCUCUUGUCGGGCUGGAACAGUUCCAAAAAAGUUCCGUUGUAUUCUCCUCAUUUACAAAAAAAGCAGAUCAGGCAGUCUUGGAUUCGUUGAAAAAAUUCAGUGCCAAUGCUACCGCUGCACAAACGUAUUUUGACGGUUUACAAGCAAUGGUGACGGAUACAAUGGACAACACUGGAGCGAGUUUGCCCACUAAACCUCCUACCCUCAGCUGUGUGUACGGACUGCAAUCAAACAUCAAACUAGCCAUCGACCGUUCAAAAUGUACUGAUGAAAUCAGUAACAGAUUAAACACAUUCCUCAUAAACUUCCGAUUUCCUUUCAAUUAUAUUGAAAAUGAUGAAGACAGAUGUGGAACUACAAACCCAUUACCGUACUUCUACAGAGAGCGAACUGCUUUAACUGCACUAUCUUAUUAUCAAAUCUAUUUGACUACCGCCAACUUCUGCCCGUCCCAAUAUACUUCACAGAUUAAUUCCCCUGUCAUGGGAACAACCGAUGCUCCGACAUUCAGUACUAGAUUGUGGAAUGCAAUUGGGAGAAAUAUCAACAGUUAUAGUUGUAGUUGCACAAGAUUCGCAGAUGCUAACACAAUGAAGAUCAUUCUUUGGCUACCUCGAGCUCCAGCAGACAUAACAGAUGAAUACGUGGGAUUCCUCAAAUUGAAUACCACCAACGCGUAUCAUUUCGUUGUUCCAUUUUACGAUAUCACUGAAGACAGCAAGGCACAACCCAAUGGAGGAAAUUACUAUUUGUUACCGAACGCCGCGACAGCUACUGAUUUACAAAAAGAUGUUAUUGACGUCCUUCACAACAAGCUCUGCGAAACCUAUGGUGUCGAUCCCACCAACGUUCCACCUUCAUUCUUUGAAUCAAACAUUGAAAAUAGGCACAAUGACUAUUACUACUGA